AUGUAUGUAUUUUUACAUUUAAAGUCAACUGUAGAACUUUGCAAAAGACAAGAAGAAAUCAUAUUGUCUAAGUAGUAAACAUUUGUCAAUAUUAGUCCAUUUAACUUACAAAAUGAUGAUAAAGCUAAUUAAAGUAGUUAAUUAAACAAACUACAACAGUAAUAUUUUUUAUAAUAUUAAAGCUUGUAAACAUAAAUUAAUCUUAAUAAUAAUUAAUAUAACCUUUUACACUCCUAGAAAGAAAUGAAACCUAGUCAUUUAAAAGCCAUAAAGCAAUUUUAUAUUUUUAAAAAAAGUAGUUUAUCUGACUAAUAGAAAAAUGAUAGUUUAACAUCACUUAUCAACAAGAAUAUAUAAAUAUUAAAUGAUUAAAGACAAGAAAUAUAGACUUAAAAUAAGAUUAAACCAUAAUAAAAACCAUAAACCUAAUAAAAAAAGUACCAUCAUAUUUUUUUAGAUUUAAAAAUCUAAUUAAGAGCUAGCUAAUAUAAUUAAAAAAUCAAAAGAUAAAAAUAAGAGAAUAAAUAGAAAUAUCAAAAGCAAAACAAAAAAUUAAAGAAUAAAGCACAAAUGUGUAAAAAAUUUAUAAUUUAAACUUUGAAAAAUAUUUUUUAGUUGAAAAUUUGA